CUCGACACCCCGCGGAGGAAAAAACUCAAAAGCACAUCCAAGUAUAUUUAUCAGACUCUGUUCUUGAACGGUGAAAAUAGCGAUAUUAAGAUCUGUGCUCUGGGAGAGGAGUGGAACUUGCACAAGAUAUACUUGUGUCAGUCAGGCUACUUUUCCAGUAUGUUCAGUGGCUCUUGGCGGGAGUCUAGCAUGAAAACCAUAGAACUGGAGAUCCCUGACCAAAAUAUUGAUAUAGAAGCUCUACAGGUAGCUUUUGGCUCAUUGUAUAGAGAUGAUGUUUUAAUAAAACCCAGUCGAGUUGUUGCCCUUCUAGCAGCAGCCUGCAUGCUGCAGCUGGAUGGCUUAAUCCAGCAAUGCGGUGAGACAAUGAAGGAAACAAUUAAUGCAAAAACUGUGUGUGGCUACUACAAUUCUGCAGGAACAUAUGGAUUAGACUCUGUAAAGAAAAAGUGCCUUGAAUGGCUUUUGAAUAACCUGAUGACUCACCAGAGUGUUGAACUCUUCAAGGAACUCAGCAUAAACCUCAUGAAACAGCUGAUCAGCUCUUCUAACCUGUUUGUAAUGCAGGUGGAGAUGGAUGUAUAUACCGCUCUGAAGAAGUGGAUGUUCCUUCAGCUAGUGCCUUCUUGGAAUGGCUCACUAAAGCAACUCUUAGCUGAAGCUGAUGCCUGGUUUUCCAAGCGUAGAAAAGAUUUUGGGGGUGACCUUGCAUUUCUAGAAUCUGAACAAGGCAGCAUAUUUUUGCCUGUGUUCAAACAUUUGAGAUUGCAGUACAUCAUCAGUGAUUUGGCAUCAGCAAGGAUUGUUGAGAGAGAUGCUCUGAUACCUUCAGAAUGGCUGUCCUCUGUUUACAAACAGCAGUGGUUUGCCAUGCUCAGAGCAGAACAAGACAAUGAUAUUGGCCCUCAGGAAAUCAAUAAAGAAGAACUUGAAGGAAACAGCAUGAGGUGUGGUAGAAAGCUUGCAAAGGAUGGUGAUUACUGCUGGCGAUGGACUGGAUUCAACUUUGGCUUUGACCUGCUUGUUACCUAUACAAACCGCUAUAUCAUAUUCAAACGGAACACACUGAAUCAGCCGUGCAGUGGGUCGGUCAGUUUGCAGCCCCGGAGAAACAUAGCAUUCAGGUUACGUCUAGCCUCUUUUGAUAGCAGUGGGAAACUCAUUUGCAGUAGAACCACAGGAUAUCAGAUCCUAACUCUGGAGAAAGAUCAGGAACAAGUAGUAAUGAACUUGGACAGCAGACUUCUGAUUUUUCCUCUCUUUAUCUGCUGUAACUUCUUAUACACAUCGCCAGAGAAGAAGACAGAGAAUGAGGGACCACUUGAUAAUUCUGAAACCUGAGAUCUGUUCAGUGAAACAGUAGCACUUUGAUAACUCUGUAUGCCUGCUUUAAUUUAAAUGCCCUGCUGACGCACAAAGCUAUGGCAAAUAAAAGGCCUUAUACUGUAGCAAAUAUACAUGGCUACUCUUAGCCUCAGUAUAUUCCUAUGCAUAUCUGAAGGAAGAUCUGAAACCAUAUAGGCCAAAACUAGUUAUACGAUAAGUUUGUUUGCUUGUAUUUUCUGUUCUGCAUCUCAGACAAGAGCCAUUCCAUAUUUGAAUUGUUACUCUUUUUUAUGGGCAAAAUCUGAGCCUAAGUGAUGACAGUGAGUCAGUGUGAAUGAUGGUACUAGCUUAGAUAUAAAAUUCUGGAGCACUCAUUAUAUCUGAGUAAAAAAUAAUGUUUUCUUUGCUAUCCGCAAGGUUGUACUUUUUUAUAACUGCAAUGUAAAUAUUAAGAUUCAAAUUAAAUUCAUGCUAGUCCUUGGACCAGGGCAAAAUAGGCCUGUUUAAAUUUUGCCCUUUAACGUCUGUUAUUUAACUGAAUACAGGUUUUCCAACCUGAUUUUUGGGUUUUGUUUUUUUAACCUUUUUUGUGUCCCAUAUAUGCUUCUCCACCCCCUUGACCUUAGUUCAUUUUUUAACUUUGUGGAAAAUAUUUUUUUAUUUUCUGUUGGGGUUUUUUUUUUUUGUUUUGUUUUUUUUUAGAGUAACCACAGGAAGGUCAAUUUUUGAAACUUUCAGACAAGUCAUUCAUAGGUCUUCUUUUGAUAUACUGAAUUCUGCGAGGUAUGCUCUUUGUCUCUUGUGUCUUUCUGUUGACAUAAUCGAAAUUUUGUGCUAGGAUUUGAAGGAAUCCUAAUAUUCUUGGGUAUACCAAAUAUCAGUUUUUAAAUAUUUUGAGUAUUUUUUUUGUAACUUGUGACUUGUUUUAACUGUUCAUUGGGAAUCCAUGUCCCACUUUAAGCUCAGGACCUUGUGACCUUUGAGUGCCUUUUGAGUUGCAUGUUUUAACACAAACUUCACAUCAGUUAUGCAGGGUCACAGGAUCCCAAAUAGGAGCUGAGAAUAAGGGAUUAACUUCUUCGUUUGUUGUUUAAUUGUUUCAGUCAAGGAUAAGAUGUACAUUUUGUAUUGGUUUUGUACAUAGUGGUAUUUUUUUUUUUUUAUGUUUGUUGAUAUUUUGAAUUCCUAUUUACAGAAUUUUGGAUGCAAAGUGAGACUUGCCUCCACUGUAGCCUAUUUUUAAAGUUGAUAUUGUUAGAAAAGUAUAAAAUUCUUUGUACACUCUAACAAGGAUAAAAUACAUGUUUAGCAAAACGUGGCAACUUGUGAAUAAAUCAUUUGAA